CAAUUCCACCACCUAAUUAUCCAUUCACCGCCCUCGGUGACCGACCCGUCUGAAUCAUUGCCACCACGUCAGCAAUUAGUGGCUCUCUAUCAAGCACCAGCCUAUCUAACAAUUUCACCGACUCAUACUCAGAGAGGUCUGCCAUCUCUCACCACGAAAUCUAUCAGUUGAUUAAGCAGUCUGAAUGAAUGCUUAUUAUAAAAUCAGUUAUUUUUCCGGCUCGAACCAUCAUCUGCGAUCACGUCCUUCGUGAUCUAUUCUAUCGUCAACGAUAGACCAUCUUUGCGCAGAGACCUGGCCCUCGAUCCAUUACUUUUCCAUGGUAGAGGCCGGUCUCCUUUAGAGCACAUAUUUUCCAUCAACUAAGAGAUUUUACCAUUUCAACAACUAUCGCCUCCAGAUCGCAAUGUCUCAUUCUGGAUACACUAUGGCCAACCAACAGUUUGAUUCUCAUUUUGGCAACCAUAAUGGCAACGAUGCCGUCGACCCUUCAGACCUAACAAUGCAGAAUGGCAUGUUCAUGCCGUAUUCUUUCGGCUCUCAGCAAGGUUUAUCUGCUGGCUACAACAUGGGAAAUUCUGGCAUCGACACAGAUGAACUCCUCGACCUCGACCUGAAUGGUCAGAAUGGAAUACAGCGUUCCGAUGGAAUGGGCUUCAUCCAGGAUCAACGCCAAAAUCAAGGACUAUCGAUGAGCCACCAGAGCCAGAUGACCCAGAUGUACUCCCACACACCCGAUGGUGCCCCGAUGCACAGCCCGUUUCUUCAAGGCAGUUUCAACAAUUUUGACCAAUUUCAGCCUAUGAACCAACACUCCCAGAGUACGCCAUCGCAUUUGAAUGCGCCUAGCCAUUUCGACCAGAAUUUCAUGAACGGCAAGACUCGACCAAGCCUGCAGACUAUGGAUCGCUCUUCGUCUGAUGUGCGAACGCCGAUGACCCCGAAGACACCGGCAAUUGGUGCCUUGAACUUAGGCACCCCGGAAUCGGGUAGCUUUCCAUCCCAGCCUAUCCGCGCAGGAAACCUUCAGCAUCGCCACCAGAAGACAUUGUCAAACCAAUGGGACGGAACACCUGGAAGUGCGCAGUCGUUUAUCGAGUCGCCUGUGGCGUCUCCCAACCAACAGUCCCACCAUGCCAAUUUAUCCGAGGUUCUGAAAUCCGGCAAGCAUGCCUCGCUGCCAGCCAAGGUUGAUUCACAGAGCGCCCAAGCACUUGAAUCGCAAGAAGCUAAACGCCGACGACGUAGGGCUUCCCACAACAUGGUGGAGCGCCGACGUCGCGAUAACAUCAAUGAGCGGAUCCAGGAUCUUUCCCACCUUGUGCCUCAACACCGCUUGGAAGAUGACAAGAUUCGCAAACAGCUCCUCAAUAACUCGUCCCUCUCCCCGCAUGGUACUAGUAUGAGUCCACCCAAUGCCACUUCACUCUUAGCUGGUGGAAACGGUCGUCGAGCAACUGCCGGUAACAUCACCAUGGGCCUUCCCAUUGACGAGAAGGAGAAAGGCCCCAACAAAGGUGAUAUUUUGAAUGGUGCUGUAGGCUGGAUGAGAGACCUCAUGUGGGCUCUGCAUGUCAAAAUGCAGCAAGAGGCCGAAUUGGCGGAACUGAUUUCCAGCCUUGGGGGAACCUGGCCUUUUGAACAAACCGAGGACGAGAAGCGCAUGCGUACCGAGCUGCUCGAUGCCAUGGACAAGAAUGACCCGAACAGUUUCAACUACAGCCGUGCUCCUGGAAGCGGACUGCGAGUGCCCAAGCACACGAAUCUUGCCGGAGAUGCUGUUCAAAAUGGGGCUCUCAGCCCACAGAGUCUGAGCCCCGCCUUCAACAGCGGUGGCAGUGGAGCCAACAGCGGGGGUGCAGGACAACCUCAGUUCUGGGGCAGCUCCGGUGGGACUGGUGGCAUUUUUAAGGAAGAAGACGAGUAUGCUAUGGACAUCUAGACACGGCGCUUCACUACGAAUUCCCAUACAUAAUGAACGAGAGACAGGUUGCAUAUGCGGCGUCAAGAGA